ACAUGCCUGAACCCGCCAAGUCUGCGCCCAAGAAGGGCUCCAAGAAAGCCGUGACCAAGACCGCCGGCAAAGGAGGCAAGAAGAAGAGGAAGACCAGGAGGGAGAGCUACGCCAUCUACGUGUACAAGGUGCUGAAGCAGGUGCACCCCGACACCGGCAUCUCCUCCAAGGCCAUGAGCAUCAUGAACUCGUUCGUCAACGACAUCUUCGAGCGCAUCGCUUCCGAGGCCUCUCGCCUGGCUCACUACAACAAGCGCUCCACCAUCACCUCCAGGGAGAUCCAGACCGCCGUGCGCCUCCUGCUGCCCGGUGAGCUGGCCAAGCACGCCGUGUCCGAGGGCACCAAGGCCGUCACCAAGUACACCAGCUCCAAGUAAACUCUCCCGCUCUCUCCCAUCAACACAACGGCUCUUUUCAGAGCCACACACCUCAAUCUAAGCGCACA